GGCUCCGCUGUCUCCUCGAUUCGCUGUACGGUGUUGUUGUGUUGCCAUCGUCACCAUUAACUGCAUCAAGGGAAAAUUGUGUUAUCCAUGUGUUGUGGUUCAUUAUUAGGAGUGUUUAAAGUGUUGUGCUAGUCGUUGAAAAAAAAAAUAUUUGUCUCAACUGUUAGUGGCAUUCUUCACCACCACCACCGCCGCCGCCGCUUAACCUCAGCAUCUCCCCACACGCCACCUAGUCACUGCCAUCUCCCCGCUCGCUACCUCUUUCAUUACCCUCUCACCAUCAGCACAGUUUUACACCACCACCAUCAAAACACAUAAUUUUUAGCGUUUUUAUUUUUUUGUUCAUUCAUAGUCUGUGUGUAUGUGCGAGUGUUGCUCCUAAAGUGUUUGAGUCUCGGCUCUUGUGUGUUUCAGUCUCUCUCUCUCUCUCUCUCUCUCUCUCUCUCUCGUGUUAGUUCUAUGCGUGUGUCUGUGCGUGACUUUACAUCAGGGCCAUGAAUCUUGAGCGUCAUCGGCCGUCUUCCCGAGAGGUGUUGCAGAAAAUGGGACGUCAACACCAGCAGGAGGAGAAGGACAAUUUGCUGGUGGCGCCUCCCCCUGUUAUGCCUGAAGGACUGUUCGGCACCCGUCACGUCCUGAGCUUAAUGGGGUUCCUGGGGUUCGCCAAUGUGUACGCCAUGCGGGUGAACCUGUCAGUGGCGGUGGUGGCGAUGGUGAACAGCUCGGCUAUCCCUCACGUCAACACCUCCACUCAGGACGCUUGCCCAAACACCGCCACCAACUCCUCCACACACCACAAUGAGGACGGAGAGUUCACCUGGGACGAGAAUGAACAAGCACUGAUCCUGGGGGCUUUUUUCUGGGGGUACAUCAUCACCAACCCCAUCGGAGGUCGUCUGGGAGAGGUCGUGGGGGGAAAGGUCGUAUUCUGUGUGGGGGUGCUGGUCACUUCGGUCCUCACGCUGGUUACUCCUGUCGUGGCGCGGACUUCCACCCCUCUCCUUAUUGCCUUGAGGGUGGUGGAGGGCCUGGGUGAGGGUGUAACAUUCCCAGCAAUGAAUUCAAUGUUGGCUCGGUGGGUGCCUCCUUUCGAACGUAGCAGAACAUCCUCCAUCGUGUAUACAGGGUCUCAAGUUGGCACAGUCAUCGCAAUGCCUAUUUCAGGUCUACUCUGCCAGUCUAACUUCCUAGGGGGCUGGCCGGCUGUCUUCUAUGUGUUUGGGACACUAGGGGUCCUCUGGUGUGUGGCCUGGAUGCUGCUGAUCCACAAUGACCCAGAGAAACACCCGCACAUCAGUCUGGAGGAACUCACCUAUAUUCAACACUCCCUCAAUCGCUCCAGCUCAACCAAGGCCCCACCAUUCCCCCUGCUCAGUGUGCUCACCUCCCUUCCAUUCUGGGCCAUUGUCGUCGCCCACUUUGCUCAGAAUUGGGGUUUCUACACUCUUCUCACUGAAAUGCCGACUUACAUGAAGAAUAUUCUGCAUUUUGAUAUUGCUGAUAAUAGCUUCAUGUCAGCCCUGCCUUAUUUAAUGAUGUGGCUGUUCAGUCUUCCGGCGGGCUACGUGGCAGACCACCUCCAGACCUCCGGCAGGCUCUCCACCGCCAACACCAGGAGGCUCUUCAAUAGUAUAGGAAUAUAUGGACCAAUGAUCUGCCUGGUGUUGGUGGGGUACGCCGGCUGCAACCGAACAGUAGCCAUCACCCUGCUGUGCCUCGGCGUGGGCUUAAAUGGGGCCACCUUCUCCGGCUACAUCAAUUCACAUCUAGAUAUUGCGCCGAAUUUUGCUGGCACGCUGAUGGGGCUAACAAACUGUGCUGCUACUGUUCCUGGCUUUGUUGCUCCUAUGGUUGCAGGGGCCCUCAUCAACGGAAAGGAGACCGUGGGGCAGUGGAAGCUGGUGUUCUGGAUCGCAGGCAUUGUGUACCUGGUUGGCAACACUUUCUACAUCAUCUUCUUGUCAGGAGAGAGGCAGCCUUGGAACGAUCUGCCAGCACACAAUAGCAGUGGUCUGGGGGCACCACAAGGAGCAUAUGGGACCUUCCUUGGCAGUGAUGAGGUUGACACAGGCAGUGAGAGAAGCCAGGGAGCCGCCUCUCACCCCACCAAAGUCCCGGAGAUAUUCUGAGGUGCAGGAGUAGUAGUAGUGGUAGUAGUGGUAGUGGUGGUGGUGGUGGUGGUGGUAGGAUGAGGACCAAAGAUUUAAAAGUUGUGAUUUUUUUAAUUGAAUUUUUAUGCUAAUCUAUUUUAUCCGUUUUUCUUUAAUUUCUGUGUAUUUAUUGGUGUUCUUUUAGUGUGUGUGUGUGUGUGUGUCACCGAGCACGAUUUAAUAUGAUAGAAAAACAAAAGACAGCUGCUUCAAUGAUGGUGAUGCAAGAUAGCGAGUGGUGGGAACAGCAUUGUGGGAGCGUUGUGGAGUGUGGUGGAAGUGAAAGUGAAGGCAGUGGAGUGUGGAUAAGAUAACAGGAGGGUGGUAACUGUCUAUCUGUGUGUCUGUGUGUCUGUCUGCCUCCCUGUCUGUCUGUCUGUCUGUCUGUCUGUCUGUCUGUCUGUCUCCCUGUCUGUCUGUCUGUCUGUCUGCCUCCCUGUCCGUCUGUCUGUCCAUCUCCCUGUCUGUCUGUCUGUCCGUCUGCCUGUCUGUCUGUCUGUCUGUCUGUCUGUCUUGCUAGUUUAUUUUUUAAUGUGUUGAAGUAAUUAAUGUUUGUCACUUUUUUAUGGCUUGUAGAGGGAGAAAAAUUAUAUACUGGUUAUUUAUUUAUUUUUUUUUAUUAUUUAGCAUUUAUUUUUAGGUGUGUGUGUGUGUGUGUGUGUUGCCUUGUCUGAGCCGCCUUGCGUGGGAUUGCCAGCCUGGUUUAGAGCUACUACUACUACUACUACUACUACUACUACUACUACUACUACUACUACUACUACUACUACUACUACUACUACUACUACUACUACUACUACUUUCCACCAGGGACUGACGGGACUGUGUGUGUGUGUGUGUGUGUGUGUGUGUGUGUGUGUGUGAUGGGUCUGGGUCUUCUUAGUAUAGAGAUAGGUGGAAUAUUAAGAGAAAUACGCAUAAUUUUAUUGAUCAACUAGUAGUAAAUUAGAAAAAAAAGACAUAUUUUUCCUCGUGUUUCAAUAUAUAUAUUCAUACUUAAUGGCGUUGUGAGAAAAGUCUAUUUUUAUUGAUAUUCGACUAUUUUUAUUGAUAUUCGACUAAUUGUGUCCGGUAGAGAAAGCAAAUGUACUUUUUAUUCAUCCUCUCGGUGCGCUUCCAUUACGCGGAUGCAGGCCAGAACGUUUGUUGGUUCCUCUUUACUAAUAAACUUUUUUCUUCUUUCCUUUACCUCUGUCAAUAAAGAAAGAUAUUUUUAUGUAUUUAAUUUAUUUUAUUUUAUCUAUUUAUUGCGCAGAUCUGAAAUUAAUACGGGCGUUGUUUUACAUAAUUCAGCUUAUAUUUAUGCGCUUUCUCUCUCUCUCUCUCUCUCUCUCUCUCUCUCUCUCUCUCUCUCUCUCUCUCUCUCUCUCUCUCUCUCUCUCUCUCUCUCUC